AUGCGUUUCUCCACCAUUCUGUCUCUUCUGCCCCUGGCCCUCUCCGUUGCGGCCAUCAACGUCACCGAGCCCGCCAAGGGUGCCGAGGUCGAUGUCUCCGGCUCUUUCACCGUGAAGUGGAAUUCCGUUGAUACCGAUGCUUCCACCGUUGACAUUGUGCUCGUCAACAAUGCCGUGUUCCCUACCGUCUCGGAGAAGAUUGCCUCCGGCGUGGACACCUCCAAGGGCAGCUACGAUGCCUCCGGCCUGAAGGGUAUCACCAGCGGCCCCGGUUUCCAGAUCAACCUGCUUUCCACCGAUGCCAAGAACACCGGCAUCCUCGCCCAGUCCCAGCAGUUCGAUGUGACCGAGUCCAAGAGCUCCUCCGCUACUACUACUGGUACAUCUUCCACUGUCUCUUCCUCUUCUACUUCCUCUACCUCUGUUGUCUCUUCCGAGACCUCUUCCACUGCUUCCACCUCCACUGGUGCCACCACCACUGAGACCGAUGCUUCCACUACUGGUACUUCCACCCCGGACGUGUCUAUCAAACCCUCUAUCCCCGGACCCCUGACUUCUGGCUCCCUCACUACUACCCCCCCUGGCAAAAACAGCGCUGAUUUCUCUACCCGUACAGCUACCGGUUCUUCUACCACCUCUACCGGAACUUCCACUGCCACCAAGACCUCCACCAAGACCGGUCUGACCACCAGCGCUUCCUCCACCGGCACCGCUACUGGCUCUGCCGCCGCCUCCGCCACUGCCUCCACCGGCGCUGCUAUGGGUCUCGUUGCUCCCGGUGCCGCUGCUGGUCUUCUGGCUGGUGUCCUCGCUUUCCUGUAA